CUUCUAGAAUUAAUCAAAUUCCAACGAGUCUGUUAUAGAACGUGUCGUUAUCGCGGUGCGUCGUGCUUUGAAAUAAAUAAAUUCGAGAAUUUCUGGUUCACGUUCGAGCGGGAGGACGAUACCGUCGAGAAAGACGUCACCAAGUCCGAAGUUUGAUCCGUGCUGUAUUUUCGAGUGACGCCGUAGCCAUGAUUGUUUAGUUUCGGGGGGAUGAAAAGUGAACGCGAGCGAGGGAUUUGAAUGAAACUUGUGUGAUACCCACUGUGCCCGUUUAAUUCGGCAUUUAACGAACGCGUCUGUUAAUUGAGAGAUAUGGCCAUUUAGACUUUUUGAGAUGUGGUUACGAAGCGAACAUGUUAGUCGAAGACUACGACGUCGUUUAAACAUAAGCUGUAUAUCCAGAUCGAAAAUAUCGAAUCAUCGGGUACAAGUCGGGAGCAUACGAAAACUUCCAUCCAUUACUAAUAACAGUCACCGUAUUAACGCUCCGAACAAAUGUGGCAAACUGACGCGAUGGAAACGUAGAUGUACUCGUUUCUUGAAGGAGGCUUGUAAAGAAAAUGUUUUACGUUUCGCGAAGUCUACGCCUAGUAGACGAGAGAGAGGACCUCGUAGAAGGAAAUGCAUAAAACGAUCGAUGGUUACUUCAACUCCUUUACCCCGAACUUCUACGAAAGAUGCAGUCAUUUCGGCAAAGUGUACAACAGUGUCGAAAGUUUCCGAGGAAUCUAAAGAGAACUGGAAUACAAGCACUUUAUCUUUAUAUUCAUCCAUAUUAAGUAACGAUUCAUGUUCCUCCACGUCCAGUGUAAGCGACUUCAAAUCUUCGAUUCCGACCGUGUCACCUCUAGCAGAUCUAAUGCCUCCAGUAUCCGUAGGAUUGAAUCCAGACCUUUCAUACGUAUUGGAUCAUGAAGAAAACAAAACUCUCGAUACCACUUCGCUAUAUUAUACCACUCCCUAUAUGCAAACAGAAACGUCUGAGGAAUGUUAUAGUUUAAUGCACGCUACAUCGAUGUACGGGACUCGUUCUUAUUCGUCAGACAAGUAUUUUCCGAACGGAAAAUACGCGCUGAGCAAUAAUAAUGCGAACAACAGCGGGUUGUCGAAGACUCAUUGUGCCGUUGACAGUCAUUCGUCUAAAUAUGAGACGGUGUACGCCAGUACGAGAUACAGCGCGUCUGCCAUGUAUCUGAGCCACCAUCAUCCAUCGGACACGAACGGGAAUCUCACUGAAAAAUACGACUCCGAUGAUAUCGAGAGCGAUUACCAUGACGUCGAAUACAUGGAAGUCGGGAGCGAAGAAAUAGUCGAAAGUUGUGAUAUGGAGAACAUGGUCACUCAUGUCCAGGAGGAUUGGGAACCGUUCGAUCCUUACGUCUUCAUUAAACACUUACCACCCUUGACUCCGGCGAUGAGAGCCAGAUGUCCCGCUCUUCCUCUCAAAACACGCAGCAGCCCCGAGUUCAGUCUCGUAUUAGAUUUGGACGAAACGUUAGUUCACUGUAGUCUGCAAGAACUCUCGGACGCAGCAUUUCGUUUUCCGGUCGUCUUUCAAGAUGUAACGUACACCGUGUUCGUCAGAACGCGACCCUAUUUCCGCGAAUUCUUAGAACACGUCUCGUCGCUGUACGAGGUGAUCCUUUUCACCGCGAGUAAACGAGUCUACGCGAACAAAUUAAUGAAUCUGUUAGAUCCGACGCGGAAAUUGAUCAAGUAUCGGCUGUUCAGGGAACACUGUGUCUGCGUGAAUGGAAAUUAUAUUAAAGAUCUGUCUAUACUGGGUAGAGAUUUAUCUAAAACUGUUAUUAUUGAUAAUAGUCCACAAGCAUUCGGAUAUCAACUAGAGAAUGGUAUCCCUAUAGAAAGUUGGUUUGCUGACCGUUCGGAUAAUGAACUAAUGAAAUUGUUACCUUUCUUAGAAAAUUUAGUAAAUUGGGGUGGGGACGUCAGGCCGCGCAUUAGAGAACAGUUCCGGCUCUUCAGUUUUUUACCACCGGAUUAAUCUAGAUAAUAAGCACAAAAGUAACGUUCGAAGAAGUGCUAGCCUAUAUAGGUAUGUACGUACGUCUAUACGAGUUUUACAGAUAUUCAUUAGAUAAAUGUAAGAUACUAACAUAAAGCGUGCAAUAUUACACGUCAAAAAAUGAGUUUACAAAUAUAUGAUUUGCAAUAA